AUGUCUAGCUCACCCACGAAAGAAAGUAUCAUCCCCAAGUUAGCACCGCCGAAUUCAACCCCAUUACACGAUCCACCUAGUCCCAGGACCCAUAGAGCUUUACGCAGACUUCAGUCUGCCCACACAUUAGGGAAUAGCCAGCCCUCUUUGAUCCAGCUUCAGCAUAGGCAGCACCUCCAGCACAAUCAAACGCCCGUCAGUACCCCACACCACAGUCGAGGGAGGUCGAACAGCGAUGCCUCAAACAUGACACCUCCUCCGAACCUAGGCGCAGCUAGCAGACGACCAAUGCCUGGCAGGAGACCCGCUGCCGCAGAUGCGCUCUCGCUGGACCGCCUGAUCAGAGAUGGGCCGCCAGAUGGGGAUAUUAUCACUGCCUUGGAGAGCACAAGACUGAAGAUCCUGGAUCAGGGCAUCAAGAGUGAUACGGAUGGCAUGUCAUCUCUCCGCAUAUAUGUUUGGCUCAUAUUACUCGAUGCUCCAAUCCUCGAAACCGACUCUUACCUCGCCCUCAUACACCGUGGAGCAUCCCCGGCCUACUCCAAGAUUCGAAACGAUACCUUUCGAACCUUAACAACCGAUCCACUCUACCGGAGGAGAGUUAGUGAGGCUAGUCUUAUCCGGCUUUUGAAUGCUGUAGCUUGGAAGCUACACGAUGCAAAGGAAGAACGCGCAGAGGAACUAGCAAAGAGUGACAACAAGCAUACAGUUAACAUACAAGCCAGUCCCGAGGUUCAAUCGUCAACUCCAACUCUCAAACCAAGAGCGCGCGCCUUGACCUUGACCACGGAUGGUUCCGAUGCUGGAAAAUCCGAGCCGGGAACAUACGUUCAGGGAAUGAAUGUUUUGGCAGCUCCGUUUCUAUAUGCUGCUCGAAGCGAGGCGGAAGCUUUCGUCGCAUUCUAUCGUUUUAUCACCAACGAAUGUCCAGGCUAUGUACGUGGUGCUAUGGAUGGUGUUCACAAAGGACUUGCUCUUGUAGACAAGGUUCUCGCCAUUGUCGAUCCGAAGCUCAGUCUCUAUCUCAUGAGCAAAAACAUGAGUGCAGAAGUCUAUGCCUUUCCUUCUGUUCUCACUUUGUGCGCGUGUACGCCUCCAUUGCCCCAGGUUCUUCGUCUUUGGGAUUUUCUCUUUGCAUAUGGAGCCCAUUUGAAUAUCUUGUGCAUUGUCGCACAGCUAGUUUUCCUGAGAAACUCCAUUUUGAGCUCCCCGAGUCCCACAAAGAUUCUUCGAAACUUUCCUACGCUCCAAGCUGAUACCAUCAAAGAGGUGACUCUGAGCUUGGUGAAGAAGAUCCCGGAUGAUGUCUAUGCAGAAAUUGUUUCUCAUGCCAAGUAA